AUGGCGAUACUUUACGUUGACCCAGAUCGUGCAUCAUCAGCUGAUACCGUGAUUCGUAAAUUAUGUCACGGAAAACGGGAUGCGGAGGUGUAUUGCACUGAGUUCCGCUGGUGGGCUUUAGAAACUGAAGAGAUUUACACCAAUGAGGAAGGAGAAACUCCAGGACAAUAUGAUCUCACAAACUUGGUGCAUCUCCCUGCUGAGGAAGGCAGCCAACUUCAUGAGAUUACAGUGGGGUACUACAACACUUUCACCCCUGUCAAUGACAGCGUGAUCUUGUGGCACCUUUUUAUCUUAUUAAUUCCAUAUACUGUAACUGUUAUUCCACAGGUGAGAUGUGAAGAACACAAACUGAAUUACCAUUCGGACUCUUUUGAUGAUCAGUACAUCGGCUGCGCAGAAGAGCUGGAGAAACAAAUGCCCAAAGUACUGGAGGAAGAGAAAGUAAAUGCUGAAUUUGGUGCCGCUUGGGAAGAUGCAACAGGAAUAUGGAACACGAUUGAGCCGACACUAGAGCUUCCUGAUGGGUUCCGGGAUGAGUAUGGAAUCGCUCUGCUUGUGUUUACUUAUAAUUUUCCUCAAGGAAACCCCAUUUAUCUCCAGCUCAACAAUAACCUGAGCAGGGCUGGGAUCUCUAGGGAUCAUUAUAUGAAGGAAUUUCAUUUCAAGGCCCUUCACUUUUACCUAACGAGGGCACUGCAGCUCCUCAAACCCGACUGUACCAAGAAACUUGUGACCUAUAGAGGAAGUUCAGCCAUUUAUACAUUAUCACCACUUUUCCCGUUUGGAAGAUUCACUUCUACGUCUAUGGAUCAGCAAGAAGCUAAACGAUUUGGGGAAAACUCCUUCUUUUUCAUAGAAACCUGUUUUGGGGCAGAAAUCAAAGACUUUUCUUUUUACCCUUCUGAAAAUGAAAUUUUAAUUCCGUUGGCUGAAAAGUUUAAAUAUGUGGCAAAGAUCGAGUCAAUUUAUAUUCUGAAAAGUACCGGCCAGCAGUGCAGCUAUUUCAACUGCGCCUAUCGUGGGGGGGAAAAACAGAAUCUUGCUAUUUGCCAGACAGGAAUCAGUGGAAUGUGGAACAAUAUAGAAGAGACACAACAUGGGACAAAGUGGACUCAUGAAACAGAAGAGCGGAUCAACACUUUGGAAGAUCUAAUGAGCAGAAACCAUGAAAAGUGGGACAUCAAUCAAUAUAACAUCAGAUCACUGCAAUGGGAAGAGUAUCAAGACAAAAACAAGAUUAUACAAUUAGAUGAACAAAUGUCAGAGUUUUAUGAAUCACUGUAUUUCAAAAUGGAACGCAUAAAGGAUAUGGUUUUGGUACAAGAAGAAAAACUUCAAGAUUUCCUAAAUGAUCUGACCAUCGAAGAAAAACUCAAUCAGCUUGAAGCAGAUCUAAAGACAUUAAAAGGUAAGAAAACUGCAAUUUUUGUGGAUGUAAUUGAGGUUCCCUAA